ACAACUUUAGUUCUGAGAUUCUUUAAGACCUUCAAUGAUGCUGCGGGUUCUGAUCUUCUCUGCCCUCCUUUGCCUGGCUUUGGCACAUGAAAGCAGUGAAGAACAUGGACACUCUGAAGAGAAUCACAGUGAGAACCACAGUGUGAAUCCUAGUGAGAAUCCUAGUGUGAAGCGAGGCCACUGCCCAAUUGUCCCCUCUGGUAAUAAUGUGACCCUUGCUGCUUGUGCCACCUCUUGCCCUGGAGGCUCCAACUGCUCUAACAUUGAGUGCUCCUCUGACACCAACUGCACUGGAAUCGAGAAAUGCUGUAACACCGGCUGUGGAAUGGCAUGCGUCUACCCAGAAUACAAGUCACCUUGUGUGGAGGAUAUAGACUGUGCUGGAAUCCUAAUCUGCUGCAAAGGACACUGUGUCCUUCCAAAGCCCCCCAAGAAAUGGCUGAUAGGAAAGCUCAGCAAACCCAAAUGUGACUGAGGAGAGAAUAACCAAGUGAUUAUGGAUCAGCAGAAUUGGCUGAAACUUGAUGUAGCAUGACAAAAAAUGGCUGAAACAAUAAACUAUAGCAAAUCUGA